AUGGGGCAUUCUGAAAGGAAAUGUGACAUAAGCGACGAAGCUGCACUUAAAGGCAUUUGUGAUGUCUUCAGGAGACUACGCGACAAAGGGGAGCCGGAUGCGUCUGCUCAAUGCGACGAGGUGAUUGCAAUCUGCUGCCAUCAACUUGCAUAUGUUUAUGGAACCAAACCAGUCGAUGUGAUCCAAUGGCUGUAUAACCCACAGCAUGACCUGGCUCCAAAAUCCUUUGCAGCAUUUGUUAAAGAAAAUAGCCUCAGCGAAGCUUUCAGACUUCAUUUCUCGAAGCAGCCGCUAGAAUUCAUGAGGGAAGUCAAUCCACACGACACCAUCAUUGUCAACAACGCCACAAAACCGACUCCUCCAGAAGAUCCAGAACACAGUGAAGUGGCAGGGAGCCAUGAGCUUGCGGUAUGGGAGAGUACUUAUCAGUCUAAAACCCGGCAGAGUGGCAUGAUCUCAGAAGAAAUAUUAACCCACAAUUUUGAUACCUUCGAUGAAAUAUCCAUCCCUGAGUACGAUAUCAACAGUUUCCCCGACAGCAAGUCGGACAGUGAUGGCACUACACUGCUGCCCACCAGCGAUUCCGACGUACAACAGACCAGGAGUCCCAGCCCUCAAGUGUUGGCCCAAGAAGGUUGUCAUACAGAUCAUGGCCCAAAGCUGAACUGCAAUACCCAAGGAACAGUGGACGGCGGCCCGACCACACCGGAUACGAACCAAGUCCCAAAACCUGCUGGUCUGGCCAAAACGUUGCAGAGUUAUGAGGCGUUUCUUGCGCUAGCGCCGACAUUGUACAGUCUCAGCUACAAGACCAAUGCCAUUUCAACGCAAUUACCUCUCAUUCGAGACUCAAAGUCUGGUUGUCUGGAGCUUUUACGAAGGACACCUCAUAACGCACAAAGAUACCACGGAUGUUCCAACGAUUAUCAUAACCUGCCUAUUAGGACUGUAUUACCUGAUCCCGGAUUUGAUGGCCGAAAGCCGUCAGAUACUCGCGGAUUAGAGGAUUGGGCUGUGGUAUCGAGAAUAGGAGUGAGGAAGUGUCCACGCAGACUGUUGCGCCCGCCUUUGAUUAAGUUGCCGCCACUCAAGCAUAGCCAAAACAAGACCCGGAUGCCAGGGCAGCUCUCCCUUCCCGUUUUGUGGAAACGCACUCCUCUUACAAACGCAUCAGCCCGUCAGUCCACCUGUGCUUCUACUACUGCCAUUGGAAGGGCAUUGUUUAACCCAACCAGGUACGGCCGGGACAUCGACACUGAAGAAACGAUCCUCGCGUGCCAAAAGCGUCGCCGCCGAGGCCAAAUCAUCAAAAGGCAAUUCCACCCUCAAUAG